AGUCGGAUCGAAUACAUUUCGCAUCGAAGCCACUACAAUUCUCGGCAUGCAGCUGUUCGCAUCUACGGUCGCUGUUGUGGUCUGCUGUUCGGCGUUGUCAGCUCCAGCGUUCGCUAAUGAUGAUAUACACGGAGAAAUUCUCGACUACGUUACCAAAAUAGGCGAGAAGACCGGUUUGAGCAAGGAGCAUCAGAGCAUCGUUGUGCACAUCCUGCACGAAAAAUUCCCGCAUGAUACCAAAGCCUAUUCGAAGAUGACGGACGUAGAGAAAGCUGAGGUCGACAAGAAGUGGGCUGAAGCGAAAAAAGAAAUCGAAGCCAAGAUGGGAGCUGACAAUAAAGAAGAUUGGGAGAAGUUCGUCAAAGAGUUCGAGAAAGGUACUGAAGGGAUGCACCAUGGCAAAACCGAGAAGGAUCGUCGCAGGCGAUCUCUCUUCCGUAUCUGAUUGCUCCCAGAGAAUACUCAAUAAAAUCCGUUUCAGCAA